AUCUGUAAUGGCGGUGGUGGGUUCAACCGGCGGCGGUGCCGAGUGCAAGAGGCAUCGUCGUGGGCGCGGGUCGUCGACCGGCUGCACAUAGAGCGGCGCGUGCGCCCUACCAUCGAAAAUGGCAGAAAACCUCACGAAGGGCGGCAGCACACGGUGUCCGCAUUUAGCUCGGGCUGACGUCGCUGAGUCACCGCACCACGAAUAGCGUCGGUUUGUUUGUUGCACCGCCCGCUCCCGGCUCUCCCGCCGAUUAUUUCGAGCGGACGGCGGCGUGCACAGCAGUGCUCGGCGCACUGUCUCAGCGAGAGGACGCGCCAUGCCCCCUCUGCCCGCGCCCCCAGCGCGCUUCCGCCGCAUCGACGCGUGUGACGCCACCACCGGCAUCGUAACCACCAUCAGGGACGCAGUCAGCUGUAGUUGGAUAUUUUAUAGUAACAGCAGUAGCUCAACAGGUGGCGAGGGCGGCGCCCCGGCCUCCGAGCCAGACCCCGCGCUCGAUUCAAUGCACAUGAUGCUCGACCCGCACCUGCGGCCCAUCUCGCCCGAUCUCUCAAACGAAGAAUCCAAGAGGAUAUUCGAGAAGCACAAACAAUUAGCGCAGGAAUACCUCAAGAUCCAAACCGAAUUAGCAUAUCUCAGUAAUCACAAAACAGAACUCGAAGAGAAAAUGGAUGAUGACGAAUUACGGCAGAAGAGAGAAAUGAUACAAUUAGAAAACGAAAAGGAAUCCUUAAUAAAACUGUACUGCAGUCUAAACAAGCAGUUAGCGCGAGCGGAAAACGACAGUUGGCUUCAUUCAGAAGAGAUGCCCCACGAGUGACACGAGGCUCGCGGGGCCGCGCCCUUUGGGACCACGUCGUGACGUCACCGCGCGACCACAACGCACAUUAUAGCGUCACUAUUGUACAUAACAGAGGGAACAGUCUUGCCAGGAGUUGUUAUUUUCGUUACGUUCAGUGUUGCCAAAGAUCCUUAUUUUUGUGUAUAACGAAUGAUCUAGAUGCGUAGCUGUAAUCUACGCACCGUACAUCCUCAAGUUACACAAAAUGUAAUAAUUAAAUCUGUUAAUAUUCGUUUUCUAAGUUAUAGAAAUAUCUCCCGAGAUUAGCAUCAUAUUAUUACAACAUAAACAUAUUGUAGCGUCUAAGACAACGGU